CACCUAUCUGAAACGGAUUACGUCCGGACGAAUACCUGAAAGAAAUCAAAUCCCCACGCUUGCAAUGCUCAACAAAUUAACCUUUACCAUUACACAUUCCUUCUUCAUCAAUGGCGGAGGCUUCCUACCUCCAUCUCCACCCAGACGAUGAACACCGACACUCCUUUUCUCCAGAUCUCGACGGUUUCGAUCUUUCUCCUUCAGAUUGGAAUCCGAUCCGGAUUCGUGCGUCCAAUAUAAUCGAUGAUCAUCAAGAUAAUCAGGUGAAUUUCGUAUUCGAUACGGUUAAUCAUCGCUCUGAGCAUGCACGUGUAAUUGUGGAUAAUGAUUUGAUUGAUUCUGAUCUUAGGGUUAGGGUUUGUGAAAGGGGUGGUGAAAAUAUUGAUUUAAAUGAUUUAGAGAUGGACUUUGAGUUAGGGUUAGGGUUAGGUUUUGCUAUGGAAGAACGUAAUUAUGAUGGUGAUGAUGAUGAUGAUGAUUGUGGAUUUAUGGUUGCUGAUUGUGGUGAUGAGUUUAUUGUGUCCGGCAACGGUGAUCGGUCCGAAACAUAUUUUAUGGGUGGAAUUAGUUUGGUUGAUUCGGAUGAGGAUCCCGAGGAUCAUGAGGUUAUCGGUGUGGAGGAUGAUUUUGAUAUUAAUGUAUGCUGUGAUGAUGAUAUUGAUGAUGAUGAUGAAGCCACGCUUACGCUUUGUUGGGAUGCUUUUCAUCUAGAGGAUGAUGAUUAUGAUGAUCAUCGUAUCGAAUGGGAUGUACCUGCGCGCCAACAGUUUGAGUGGGAAGAAGUAGAUGGUGAUGUACGCGAAGUUUUGAAUGUGUCGCCUGAUGCAGAACCGGAGGCUGAUAACUGGGAGGUUUUCUUGAAUUCCCACAAUCUUGAAACAAAUCCUGCGAACGAUGUGGGGUGGGAAGUUUUCUUGAAUGUUGGUGAUCUUGAAGGAAACCCCGAUUUAGAAGAUCAGUUUGACGACUACAAUGAUGCGGAGCACGACAUGUUAUUUGGGCAGUUUGCGGAUAAUGUUGAUUCGGCUUUGGUUCAACCGCCUGCUUCCAAAAGGGCGGUUGAUGAUCUUUUGUCUGUGACGAUGACUAUUAAAGAUCAUGAAGAUAACAACGCGCAUUGUGCUGUCUGCAAGGAUGAAAUUGGUGUAGGGGAAAUGGCUAAACAACUUCCGUGCACUCAUCAUUAUCACGGGGAUUGCAUUGUUCCUUGGUUGCGUAUACGAAACACCUGUCCGGUUUGUCGCCAUGAGUUGCCGACUGAUGAUCCUGGUUAUGAACGUAGGAAAGCCGAAAGGGCUGCUAGUCGUAUUUGAAAAGCGACAAGGUUAGUUUCUGCGGUUUUUGAAGUUUUAGUAUCAGUCCUUGAAAUGUAGAUAUUGAUAUUGUUAUUGAGAGAAGUUGAAUUUUCUUCUUAUUGAGUUCUGUAGAACAAUGAUUAUAAUGAUACAAGUGAUCUUUUAUGUGGGUU